GCGAACCGCGCCUCGGCUGGCCCAGCAGCACGAGGCCAGUCCCUUCACCUCAUGACGCAAUCUCCGGGGGAUAAAUCGCGGCACCAAGCAGCUCACUGGACCGGCCCGCGGGUGGGCCCGAAAAGGUCUGUGGGCCGUGGGCGCGUUUCCCCGCACAACCAACAACCUCACACAGCGCGUGUCAGAACCUUAACGCAGCCGCGCCGCCAACGCGGCACUUCCGUGGAACGCACCCGGCACUUUUUCCGUGCCGUGGGUUAUGUUACGCGCAUGGGUGAGUACGGAGACAUGUCGGUACCCGUUCUGACGAAGAGGAGGUGUGGGUGAUUCAUGCAUGCGUGCGUGUGUGCCCGGACGCGCAAUCCUGUUGUCGGAGGCUUGCUGUGUGGCAGGUUUCCGUGCUGCUGGGGGUUGGCUCUCAGCCGUGUGUGCCGAGGUGCGCUACCCGAUUGCUUCCAGGGAGCGCGCUCGGCGCGCUGGGCUGGCGGGGUGGCAUUACCGAGGUCGUUCGGGCGGGUGUGUUGGGUGUUUUGCCGGGAUCGGCGGGUCGGGCUGCUUGCGGAGGCGGGUGUGUCGUUGUGGCUGGAUAGGCUGUUGUGGGAGGGGGGAAAUAAUGAGACUUCUCUUGCUGAGAGGCUCUGUGGACUGGUAGGUCUUUUCCGCCCCUCAAUGAUUCUUCAUUCACUGCACAACAGAGCGGUCUUUUACGGUUUGUUGAUUUCUGGACAUUUUGCUAGCCUGAUCUUUAGACCACCGCAGUCCUUGUUUUCUACUAGUCUUAAAUUUAGGAGGCUCAGCAAACACCUCACCGACGUUAUUGCUCAUUCGGCUGCAGUUUUUCUUUAUGGUAUGGAUUGUUAUAGAAGCAGGAGCAAAGUUAACUAAUGAGGAAGGUGAUAUCGCUGAGAUCGCUUCGUGACCGCUAAUAGACGGG